AUGUCGAAGAACGGCAAACUGACCAUCGUCAUCGGCUGCGGAGCGCAUCAUAUCCCCUACCACUACCGCUUCCUCCAGGACGCUUUGCACAGUGCUGGAUACGCCGUGAAGAUCGUACAGCUUCCGUCAACGAGCGCAGAGGUCGUGGAGGAUGCUAUGAGCAAGGAUGUCAGAGCCAUACGCCAGGUCGUCGAAGGCGAGAUCAGAAAUGGGAAACAUGUCAUCAUGGUGCUGCACAGCUGGAGCGGGUUUGUAGGGAGCGCUGCGGUGGAAGGGUUGGAGGAGAAUGUGAAGCACAUUGUCUAUCUCGCAUCGUGGAUCCAGCCGAGUGGCAAGAGUUCGUGCGAAUGGUUGGGGGUCGAAGAGUUGCCUAUCUACGAGGUCAAGGAUGAUUUGAAUCACGUCAAGGAGCCUAUCGCGAAGUUCUACAACGGCCUCCCAGACGAAGUUGUCCAGGAUUCGUUGAAGUACUUGCUCCCGAUGGUCAACUCCGUUACCAAGACGCCCUUGAGAAUUCCAGCCGUCUGGGACGCGAUCUCAUGCACAUAUGUGAUAUGUGAUGAGGACGACGCUGUUCCUCCAGCUUUUGCUGAGAUGAUGAUCCGGGACAGUCACGUCAGAGCAGAGGUUGUCAGGAUGGCUGGAGGCCACAGUCCGUUCUUGGGAGACAGAGUCGGGACGUUGGUAGACAUUUUGAGGAAGGCUGCUGGGGAGGACAUCGGUAAGAUUGAGGGAGUAAGGGUUGACGAGGAGAAGUUGUUGUAG